AAAACAAAAAAUUUAGAUGAUUCACUCGUAAAUAAUAAAAAAUAAAAAUAAAAAAGUUCGCAAGAACAAGUAAAAAAAUGGAGGGGAAUUGGGCCCAUCAUGAUCAUACCACACCCCCAAUUGAUCUCAUGCGUAUGUAUGUACGUUUUGGUUGACUGCAAUUGAAUUGAAGAUGACAGAGAAUUGAAGUGUGAGAAAAAUGAAAAUGGAGGAACACGAAGAGCCAUCGUCUCCAGGAGUCAGUCCAGUACAAGUCAAAGAAUGCAUAGAGGAGGUGCUCAACUUCACACUCGCGUCCUCAAUCGACGAAAACCUAGGAAUCGAUAUAGGCCUUUCAAAGGAGUACUGUUCUAACCUCCUCAAGAACGACCCUGCACACCCCAAUUGCAAUCACACUGUUCUUAUGCUACUGGUGUGUGGAACUUGCUAUGCACGUGGAAAGAGGCGAAGCAUUAUUGAAUUCCUCAAUAUCCUCUUAUGCAAGCCUCUAGCAUCAGCUUUGUACCAGUCUAUAUCUUCUGGAUCUUUCUGCAGGACAUAUAAAGAAAUGGAAUUGAUCCAUGAAGACAGUUCCAUGAAGCAGAAAGAAGAAGAGUGGAAUCAAUUGGUUCUAGCAAAGGGGUCUGAAUUAGUAAAUGUGUUGAAAGCUAUAGACUUUGAACUUCAUGCUAAAUCUGUUUCCACUGAUUUUCUUGCGGUUCAUCUUUACUUUCUUCAUAUGCACUUCUGCACACAUAGCUUCAAUAGUUUACAGGAUGUCAUCAGGUAUGCUUCGUUUUCUGAGAUGUUGGAAGCUGAGAGUCUAACAAAAGUCCUUCCUGGAGUAAAAACCACAGAAGAAGGUGUGCGGAUUUACCAGAAGUUUUACACAGAAGAGAAGGAAAGGUCAAAUGGAGUCCUUGCAAUUCAUGUUACGAAGCCGGCUGCUCAGCUUUACAUUUCUUUGGCUAGCAUACUUUUGGGAUUGAGUUAUGAGGGUGUUCAGAGGCUUUUGGGUCUCACUGGUACAGCAGGAACAAUUCCAGAGGCGCUUCCUCCACCAAGAUCAACUCUGCUUUUGUCAUUUUUGUUGCCGCAUAAUCCAGAGGUUAAAGGUUGCAUCUUGAGUGAUGGAGCUAGGGCCUUAGCUAAGCACAUCAACAGGAGCAGUGUUGGUUACUGGGGUAGUUUAAGUGGAAGUGGUUGGUUCCUUUUGUUUUGAUGUGGCUCUUCAAUAAAGAUACAUUGUUUUUAUUGCAUGUAAACAUAAUGCUGAUCGUUCCCAUGCCUCAUAACAUGCUCUGAAGAAUAUAAGUUUCUUUCCUAAAGGGAAAAAGAUGUGAUGCCUUUGCUCAUUCUUCUGGGCUGCUGACAUACUCUUUAUGAGCACCAAUUAUUAAUAUAGGCAACUUGAUCUCUAGUUUAAGAAUUUCACAAUGAAUUACUGUUUUGUUUGGAAAAAGAAAUGUUGACGGGAA